UUAGGACGGCCUAGUCUUCGGCUGUGGCAGAAGUAGGUGAGGAGUCGGGUGGCUGCACGAAACCCGGACAGGUCCGGCCUACGUUCACUGGCUCCGGCAUCUUCUGGCUAGGCGCGUCCCGGCUCUGCCUCAGCCCUCCCGGACCCUCGUAUCCCGGCCCCAGCCGCCCGCCUUCACCGCCGCCAUGAUGAUGAUGGCGCUGAGUAAGACCUUCGGGCAGAAGCCCGUCAAGUUCCAGCUGGAGGACGACGGCGAGUUCUACAUGAUCGGCUCUGAGGUGGGAAACUACCUCCGUAUGUUCCGAGGUUCUCUGUACAAGAGAUACCCCUCGCUCUGGAGGCGACUAGCCACUGUGGAAGAGAGGAAGAAAAUAGUUGCAUCGUCACAUGGUAAAAAAACAAAACCUAACACUAAGGAUCAUGGGUAUACAACCCUGGCCACCAGCGUGACUCUGUUGAAAGCCUCAGAGGUAGAAGAGAUUCUGGAUGGCAACGAUGAGAAGUAUAAGGCUGUGUCCAUCAGCACAGAGCCCCCCACCUACCUCAGGGAACAGAAAGCCAAGAGGAAUAGCCAGUGGGUGCCCACCCUGCCCAACAGCUCCCACCAUCUGGAUGCUGUGCCGUGCUCUACAACCAUCAACAGGAACCGCAUGGGACGCGACAAGAAGAGGACCUUCCCUCUCUGCUUUGAUGACCAUGACCCUGCUGUGAUCCAUGAGAAUGCGUCCCAACCUGAGGUGCUGGUCCCCAUCCGCCUGGACAUGGAGAUUGAUGGGCAGAAGCUGCGGGAUGCCUUUACCUGGAACAUGAAUGAGAAGCUGAUGACUCCUGAGAUGUUUUCAGAAAUACUCUGUGAUGACCUGGACCUGAACCCCCUGACAUUUGUGCCAGCCAUUGCUUCCGCCAUCAGACAGCAGAUUGAGUCCUACCCCAUGGACAGCAUUCUGGAAGACCAGUCAGAUCAACGUGUCAUCAUCAAGCUGAAUAUCCAUGUGGGAAACAUUUCAUUGGUGGAUCAGUUUGAAUGGGACAUGUCGGAGAAGGAGAACUCGCCUGAGAAGUUUGCUCUGAAGCUGUGCUCCGAACUGGGGCUGGGUGGGGAAUUUGUCACCACCAUUGCCUAUAGCAUCCGGGGACAGCUGAGUUGGCAUCAGAAGACCUACGCCUUCAGUGAGAACCCACUGCCCACUGUGGAGAUUGCCAUCCGCAACACAGGGGAUGCUGACCAGUGGUGUCCUCUGCUGGAGACCCUGACAGAUGCUGAGAUGGAAAAGAAGAUCCGUGACCAGGACAGAAACACGAGGCGUAUGAGGCGUCUCGCCAACACUGCUCCGGCCUGGUAACCAGCCCAUCUGCACGUGGCUCCCACGGAGCGUUCAGAAGAUGGAAGCACCUUACUUCAUCUUCUGGCAGGGAGGGAGGCAAGGAGCAACCGGACUGUCCUGAGGGGUGGGGGGCCUUCCAGGUGGCCCUCCCCUGGGCACACAUUCCAUUUGCUGUGCCCCAGCCCCCUGCACCUUACUCUCUGGUCAGGAAGAGUCCUCCUUUGAAGUUGUGUUUUGUUUUUAUAUAGGAGCCCCAGGUAGGGCUAGUAACACUUUUUAAAUAAAUGGCAACAGGUUA